AGAAAACCAGCUUCCUGUCGGAGGCCCAGUUUUCCGCCGCGUCACCUGAAACCCUGGACCCUCUCUUCAAAUUCCACGAGACCAUCGCUAAGAUGACCGCCGAGGCUGUGCUGCGAUUGGGUCAACGACCCGGUCCUCCCCUUCUACCCUCUGGACAUCGCGCUGGACGUCCAAAACAAACUCAAAGGUGACAGCCGCACCCCCCCAGGCCUGCUGGCGGCCGCGUCCUCCCUGAGAGACAGCGCCGCCUUCCUGCAGUCGGAGGCCAUGCGGCCCGCCAACGACCCCAAGGAGAGAGAACCGGCCCACGUCCGCAUGCUGAACGACGUCCUCCGAGACCUGGAGAAGAGCUUCCUGUCCCCGCAGCCCCCUCCUGGGGUCUACAGGAACCUGCUGUACAGCCUCCCGGGGCCAGGCCCUCGCUUCUCCAUCCUGAGGUUCCCCAAGGAAACACCCGGACCUUCCGGCAAUCAGGCGGUCAACCAGGCAGUCAACCAGUCUCUGUCCCACAUAACCAGCUCCAUGGUUAAUGCCCAGAGACUCAUCAGAAGCGGCCUCGACCUCUUCGAGAACAACCCCGAUGACACCAUUUGACCUCUGACCCCCCGGCCUCCGACCUGUCGUCAGUUUGACGACAGGUUUUUCUGUGCUGUGCACCUGAGAGUUUGUGGAUGUAAGUGACUCUGGUGCCGGCACAGCAGCCAUUCCCCCCCCCGAAAAACGACAUUUAAACAGCGAGAUACAGAAGGCUUUGAAAAGAGACUGCACUUAAAAGUAAUCUGAUGAUAUUAUGCAGACUUCUGCUUGAAUUGACCCUGGUUGCUCGGAGCUCCUACUGUGGAGAUGGCCUUUGAAAAGUUCAUCAUUUCAUGUAAAACUACAUUUAAAAAGCACAGCAAAUAGAGGCUUUGUACAGAGAACACACUUACUGUAAAAGUCAUUUGGAGAUAAGAUGCAGACUCCUGUUUGUGGUCGCCCUGCUCAUCUUGAGCGCCUACUGAGGUGACAGCCUUUUUGUGAUAGUAUAGCUCUAUGACUAUCAGAAGGGUUUUGACUUAUUCUGCUGUUCAAAUUCACACGACCUCAGGGCUAGCCGUGCCAGGCGGACAUUUUGUAAACGGAGGGGAAGUGUUUAGAUCAAGGGGUUCUUGCUGAAGCUGUUCUCAGAAAGGGCGCUGUGUCCAUUGUUUUUCUUCCUUAACGAUUAUGGCUUCAGUUUGGAGUUUCAGGCGAUCUUGGAUCUGUUCAGAGGGAAACUUUGCUCCAGAGGUGGAAACGAGAUUGAUUUUGCCUCAAGUGGAAAGUUACACAAUCUACCCCCAGAUUCUCAUGCCACAGGUUAGAGUUGGGCUGGAGAUGCGGAUUAAAGACUUUGCGGCCUGUGAAGGAAAAUCAGGCUGUGAAAGAUAAAUAGUCGGAUAAAUAACGACGAAAAUAAUUUUGGAUUGGAUGAUUUCUGACAGAUUUGGGUGAAUUAGCUAGGAGUAUUGCAAGUCAACAACGCCUUGAUAAAGAUGUAGAUAAACACUGAACGGCUAGCUGGAUGUGCUCGCAUGCGCCAUCGUGCAAUCUCUGCAAAACAAGCAAUCAUAUUAUCCACUCUCAGGUUGGCUGAUCCUAAUACGCUCCUCUCUGCGCUCAGCGUGCCUGGAGAUUUGAAGCGACCGUCAGGCUAAAGAUAGUUUGUAGAGAUCAGGUGUUCUGUAUCUUUUAGAGGUGAGCAUGAUGAGUAGAUUUUAUUAGAAUAGUUGAGAUAAGACACACACGUUUUAAGACGUGGGUUUUCACCUUCAUUUCUAUGGUUUGCUCAUGAUUGACUUUGGAUAUCCUGCUGUUACUUGUUAGUCAGUGAGCCGGGUAGUGAGCGGUGAUGGGUGUCGUUGUGCACUUCCAUUUCGAGGUUCAACGGAAAUUUGUAGACUUCUUCACUGAGAGAUGUUUCUACGCGUGCUUCUUUUCUUACUAGUGUAAGAUAUUGUUGAUGUGUUUUUUCCCAUUUACACAUUUGUGAUAUUCCUGCUACAAAUGUAAGCUUUGCUGUGUCAUGUUUUGGAAUGGAAUUUGAUUGUUGUAUUAGAACACUUCAUUCAGGGAGGGCAAAUUUAUCAAAGUUUUAAAUUAUAUACGUGCCUUUGAUUGUACCUUUAAUGAUGUAAUUGUUUGUACACAAUAAUAAUACGACUGCACAAGUGCAGAAUGUGGGUUUGCAUGAAUACCAAAAAUGAAGUGCCCAAUUAUUCUGCAAACCCAUUAGCUAAUUUAUUCAGCGAAAAACAAUCAGCUCACAAAGGUGACCGAAAUUAAAACAGCUCUCUUUCAACUCUUCGAUAAACUAUUCAGUUAAUCAGCAUUUAUUAUUGCUGUUAUGGCAAUCAAAUUGCAUAUACACUGUGAAAUUACAAAACUUAAUGACAGGAUGUGUUGUGUCCUCUAACUUAGCAAUGUGGAACAGUUCUUCAAAGCACAGUGGCUUUUUCUAAGAGUAAUACCACGCCAAGCAUGAUCCCUUUUCAGAUGAGUGACAUGCUUGUAGAGUUAUUUAACUGCACCAAACCAUACGUUUGUUCCUUUGAAAUGGGCUGUGACUCAGUACGAAGUGUGUUUUUGGUUUUCUCUCUGCUUGCUUAUACUUCCACAAAGACGUUUAGUGGUUUCUUGUACAUACUGUAGGGUUGUUGCAUUCUGGCUAGACCAAGUGUAGCAAAAGUGUGGGACUUUAUUUAUUUGAUGUUUUGUACAUCCAUGUUAAUAGCGAGGGACAUGGAGAAUAUUUGAUUUGUAGCACAAGCAUGGUUUAAUAUCUGUCAUUAAUAAUAUGUAAAUUUGCACUACGGCUCAUUUGAUUGUGAGACAACUUGAGCCGCUUUUGAUUUCAAUCACUUAUUUAUGUCAUAAAGUUAAUUUAGGUUUGUAUCAACAUUUGGGUCAAUUUAUCUUCCAAUUCAAUUAGGAAAAUAUCACGUUCUGACCCGGUGGGCACAUUUUCUCAGCGUUAAAUAAUUAAUUUCAAUAAUAUAGGAGGAUCAAUUAGUUUAAUCAGGAUUUUAAUUGCAUGAGUCUAAUUCUGUGUUACAACCACCCUUCCUCCUGCUAGACAAAGAUAUACCUCAUUUUGAUUUAACACCAUGAACUGACCAGUAGGCCAUAGUGUGGUAGACUUCAAAGACUGCCUGAGAGGUUCCCCAUGGCUUAAAGAAAAAUGAACAAAAAAAACAUAAACAAAAGCAAGUUUCUGUUAUUCAUCUUGUCUGUGUCUGGAAUAUUUUGUAAGUACAACCAAAAGGUAGAUAAUAGAACAGGGAAUGAUUUAUUGCCACAUUUCCAAUGUGGAAUGUCACCCCUAAAGACAACAUGGCCUAUCUAAAGCAUAGAAAACGAACACUUGUUGCACACAAUGUCCUCUUGAACGAUUCAGAUAUGAUUCCUGCAUGUAAUAACAUGCAUAAUCAUUUUAGACAUAACCAAAACACAAACGGGUUUUUUCCAUCGAGGAAUAUGACAGGCUCAUCUACAGGUAGCCUAUUUGGAGAUCUGAGCUCGGUUACUUUUUAAUUUAAUUUGAAUUAAAACAUACAUCGUUUUGAUAAAUAGUUAAUGAAAGUAUUGGGUUUCAUUGCAUGCUAGUCUCACAUUACUUUUUAGACUUUCCUUGUUUUAACGUUUACCAACAAAUCACUGCAUGUUUGUUUUCAAGGAUGCGUUUGCUAUGUUUUUACUCUUUGACAGUAUGACUUAUUAGAAUAAAAUACGAAUAAAGCAAAUACAAUAUUUGUUUACAGUG